AUGACCAAAACGUCAACGACUAAAAUUGAUGAGCUCACCGUCCCGGAACAACAACAUACGUUUUACAAUGGAAAACUCGACCAUGUAAGCCGCAACUGCGGGGAGUGUAAGAACAAAACAGAAGAAGUAUUCGGUCCAAAAGUGUACAAAUACUACUGCUGCUUUGAGGAUUACUGUUUAGACCCAGCAACAACCACAAAAACAACCACAACAACAACUACUACCACUACAACCACAACACCAAAACCAACAACAACAACCACAGCAACAACACCAACUACAACACCAACAACAACCACAACAACACCAGCAACGACACCAACUACAACACCAACACCGGAAAUGACAACAACACAAACCAAACCAACAACCACAGUAGCAGCAACAGCACACACAACUGCAAGUACAAGAGUAACAAUAGAAGAUAUAACAUUGCAUAGUACACAAGAGAUGAUAUACACCGCAACUGAAACACCAGACCAUGGUUGGAGAACGACCAUUAGUAAUACAGAGAGCUCAAUUAAACAAACCGAAAACCCGCCAGCAGAUGAGAGCAUGGAGACCUCCACCGGAAACGGGUCGGAGCAGACAACACCAGAACGCACAAAUAGCAUGAGCGAAACAACCAAUAAAAUACAAACAACCACCAACGUAACUGCAGGAACAGAACUUACAACACAAGAACCAACCGAGGCAACUACACAGAAGACCAUCGAGAUUAAUGUCACAAGACCAGUCACAAGUUUGCAAACAUCAACCAGCAUGGAAGUCUAUUCAAACAGCCCAAUCCAUUCAACGUACUCAGCCGAGUCUGAGGAAAACUCAAAGUGGUCGACACUAGAGAAAUCACAAUUCGUGAGUUCAGCAGACAUGCAAUACGAAAUUCCAACAGUGCCCAGUACACAAAGUGCAAGCUUUACUCGAAAUAGAACAAAAGACCGUAAUAUAGAAACAUCCCCCAACAUAGAACUAUAUUCAACAAACCCAAAUGAUAUCACUAGGGAAGGUGAAGCGGUGGAAAAUUCAUUGGGGACAACACCACAGAAUUCACAUUCUCCGAGUUUCUCAGAUAUACAGAAUAAAACUUACACGGUGCCUUAUAAAGAAAACAUGACUUUCGCUCAAACAACAACAUCGAUGAUUAUUUCGCAAACGCUACCUAACAUGGAAGGCAAGACGGUCACAACAACUGACACAGACAAAACCGAGGAACCUUCAGAUGAUACAACUGAUUCAAGUUCAGAGAAGACACAGCGCCCGAUUUCCACAGCCAUGCCAAACGGAAGUUCAACAGAAAAGCCGCCCUCCACUCUAAACGCGAAACCGGAAUCGAGUUUGCAAACUUUACCCAGCUUUCAACCUUAUGCUAGCACAGCAAACAAGAACACUGAAACACAUGAAACCGUAGACAAUCCAACAGUGACAAAAAUACAGGAGUCACCACCCCAGACAGGCAUGCCAGAUGAAAGUUCAGCGCUGCCUAGUACAGAAAAUGCGGCCUCCUCUCCAACUGCGACACCGAUGUCUAGUUCGCAAACAUCGACCGGCAUGGAAGACUUUUUAACCAUCCCAACCCAUACCACAAACACAGAUGCAUCUGAGGAAACUUCAACGGGGUCGACACCAGUGAAAUCACAAUCCUCGAGUUCCGCGGACAGGCAUUAUUUAGCUUCAACAAUGCCAAGUACAGAAUAUUCCACCUCCGCUCUUAUAGCAACACCGGAGUCUAGUUUGCAAACUUCACCCAGCUUUCAAUCCCAUGCUAGCACCGCAACCAGGCACAUUGAAGGACAUGAAACUGUGGACAAUUUGACGGUGACAACAACACAAGAAUCCCAUCCUCCGAUAUCCACAGGCAUGCCAAAUUAUAAUUCAGCCAUGCUUGGUACAGAAAAGGUGACCUCCGCUCUACGCGCGACACAGACGUCCAGUUCACCAAAAUCAGCCAGCACAGAAGUCUACUCAACCAGCCCAAACCAUACCACGAACACGGGCGAAUCUGAGAAAAAUUCAACGUGGUCAACAGAAAAAUCACAAUCCGCGAGUUCCGAGGACACGCAAUACAAAAGUCCAACAGUGCCCAGUACACAAAAUGCAAGCAAUACUGGAAAUAUAACAAAACAUUAUGGAAUGGAAACAUCAUCCAGCCUAGAAAUCUAUUCAACAAACCUAACAGAAGCCACAACGACAACAACAACUGAACCCGCGACAACAAGGACAAUACCAGUAAUCACAACAACAAAACACGAACGAGAAAUUCCAACAACAGAAGCCACAAAGACCACCACGAACAAACUAGUUACAACGCAUAAGCCAAAAAGGCGUAAUACACAAGAGAGAAGUCACAUUCCAACUGAAUCACCGGACGGUAUUUCACAAACAUCAGCCAGCAUGAACACCAACGCAACUAGUCCAUCGGAGGACACAAAGACAGAUGGAUCCCUGGAAAGUACAUGA